GAGAAGGCGGGCCUGGCCCCGGCUCGUCCAAUAGAAGCGGGCGCAGAGGGCGUGGGCGGGGCGGCGCGGCCCUCGAGCGGGGCGGUCGGGCCUGCCGGCAGAAAUGGCUCAAGAAGAGAUGGAAGUUGAUCUCCAGCCUGUGGCUGCUUACUCUGUAGAGAACCUCAGGAUGCUUCCGGCAGAGCCCUCUCGUCAUGCAGCACUGUCAUCCCGCGCUCCAGUGCUCGGUGAAGGAGGAGGCAGCGUUACGGUUCUUCCUGCUGAUGACGCUGUUGUCAUACCAAAUGCUGGUGCAACAAGAGAAGCAGCUGCUGAGCCUGACCCGCAGCUGAGUCCUGCCUCAGCUCUCAACGGACUGCAAAGGCUACAAGGGGCACUUGAUCCGUAUCGGCCACUGCCUGUGCCACAGGUCACGCAGCGUCCACAAGUGAGGAGAGCUCGCAGGCAGCAGAGAAUUGGUGGUUCCCAGAGGACUGUCAGUGCCAGGGCAGCGUUGGACAGUUACUUUCAACUCAGCAGGACCCAAGAGCCAGCUACAGGACCAGUCCCACGUCUGGAGCCCUCACGUAUUGCAAGGGACAACCAGGAACACAGCUCAGAUGAAGUAAUAGAAGUGAGCGACUCUGACAGCAGCUCUUCUGCUGAGGAGGAGGAGGAAGCGGUGGAGGCUGCAGCACCGCUGUUACUGUCAGCCCAGGAGACACCUCCAGCAGCCAGUUCAGGAGUUUCCAGUCAAGUCCCAGCAGAGCCAUCUCAGGCUUUGUCUCAAGCUUCUGCAGAACAUGGAGGUCGUGAAGAUGAAGAAGCUGAAGACCAGCAAAAGCAGAGAACUCCACUAAAGAAACUGGAGCCAUCAGUUCCUGUUGCUCUACCGGAUGAGGAGGAAGGGGAUACCUGUGCCAUCUGCUUUGAGCAGUGGACCAAUGCUGGGGACCACCGUCUCUCAGCGUUGCGGUGUGGACACCUAUUUGGUUACACGUGCAUUGAAAGGUGGCUCAAGGGACAGGCAGGGAAGUGCCCACAGUGCAAUAAGAAAGCGAAACGUUCUGAUAUUGUGAUCCUGUACGCUCGCACUUUGAAAGCGCUGGAUACCAGUGAACAGGAACGCAUGAAAAGCUCUUUAGAAAAGGAACAAAUGUUGCGGAGACAGGCAGAGCUGGAAUCUGCACAGAGCCGUCUCCAGUUGCAAGUUUUGACAGACGAAUGCAGCAAACUCCGCAAGCAAGUUCAGGAGCUGAAGGCUCUGGUGGCCCAGCACAAUGUGAGCUCUUCUCAGCUGCCUGGCAGCUCCCGCACCUGCCUCCCAGGCAGCCUGCCUUCCAGCCAAAGCCAGCGCAAGUACCACCUGGAAAAGGUUUUUGUGGUGUCUCAGACUGGGAACUGCAGAGUAAUGGCAUACUGCGAUUCCUUGAGUUGUCUCGUGGUAUCACAGCCUUCUCCACAGUCUACUUUUAUUCCUGGUUGUGGUGUUAAGAUGAUGAGCGUGGCCAACCUGAAGAGCAGUCAGUACAUCCCCAUCCAUAGCAAACAGAUUCGGGGACUGGCUUUUGGCCGUCGAGCGGAUGGCUUGCUGCUCUCUGCUGCUCUGGACAACACUCUCAAACUUACCAGCUUGGCAACAAAUACUGUGGUGCAGACAUACAAUGCUGGCCGUCCUGUCUGGAGCUGCUGCUGGUGUCUAGAUGAUACAAACUACAUCUACGCUGGACUGGUCAACGGCUCUAUCAUGAUAUAUGAUUUGAGAGACACCAACUCACACGUCCAGGAACUAGUCCCUCAGAAGUCCAAGUGCCCCAUGGUAUCGUUGUCCUAUCUGCCCCGGAUGGCCUCGGCGUCGCUGCCUCACGGUGGAAUCCUGGCAGGGACCUUGGAAGGAGCCUGCUUUUGGGAACAGAAAGCUGGCAACUCCUACCGGCCUCAUCACUUGCUGCUGGAACCUGGAGGAUGCAUCGAUAUUCAAACAGAGAUCAACACACGGCACUGCCUCGCCACGUACAGGCCCAGUAAAAAUAACCCAUGUGUGCGUUGUGUGAUGAUGGAACUGACUAGCAGCCCUCUGAUGGAGGACUCUGAAGAUGUGGUGUGUUCUUCUAACCCGGUUCAGACUUUCAGCGCUGGGCCCACCUGCAAGCUGCUGACCAAGAACGCCAUUUUUCAGAGCCCAGAGGAGGAUGGCAGCAUCUUUGUGUGUGCUGGCGAUGAGGCAUCUAAUUCUGCCCUGCUAUGGGAUGCUGGCAGCGGCUCCUUGCUGCAGAAGCUGCAGGCUGACCUGCCCGUGCUGGAUAUCUGCCCCUUGGAAGUGAACCAAACCCACCUCCUGGCUACGCUGACUGAGAAGACGGUGAAGAUCUACAAGUGGCAGUGAGAGUGGUCCCUGUGCCUGCCGCAGAGAGACUUCCCAAAUAUGCUGCUGAUUUAACCCUACAGAACCCCUGCUGUCCUGCUUGCGCUGCUUACAGGAAACGGGAAUCACUACAGCACCUUGCUGGCAGUAGGCUGGAACUGGGACAUGCUGGUGCCUGGAGCAGUUCCCUUCUUCUUCCAUCUUCCUUUUUAGGUCUGCCCUUAUUUCUUCUUUGGACAACUUUUUUUCAGUCAAACUCCGUAAGCUGCGACAGCACGGCAAUACUUGGACUAUGUCCAGCCUGUGUUCCUGCACUUUUUUUUUCCGGUGUGAAUACAGCACAAGGACUCGCAAACUUUUCCUACAAAUCAACAAACUAAGAGGAACUCGAAGACCUGAGACUCCCAGUGUGCUUUCUCAUGGAGUCCUGCUGUGAUAACCGGGUGAUGAAAAGGUGGUAAUAUUGGCAUCUCACUAGCAUGGCUGAUGCUCAGCGUAAAAGCAAGUUCGCUGCUUUGGAGAACGUGCUCCUGUGUUCUUUUGAAGGUCUAGGGUCAGUUGGCAGUUACUCCCUUAUGAGGACAGACCCUGUUUUGUGGCCAUGGAGAGAACAGGCCUGGAAAAUCUACAGAGAACACUUUUCUUCUGUGGCUUUUUUCCAUGAGCAUGUACUUUGCACUGUAAUUCCUUAAUUCUCUGUCCCCGUUGCUUUUCCCUCCUCUCUUCCCUGCUUCACCCGCAAGCGAACUUGGGACAGUUUGGUUGUGGAAAAUGAAACUAGGGAAGCACAGGUAAAGAGGAGGAGAUGAUUCGUGUACUUCCGGCUGCUGCAGCCCAUGGUGGCCUUCCUUAAGGACAGCAAUGUACUGAAACAGCCAGUACCUUGGGAAAGAGGAAAGAAUGAAGAAUGCUGGUUGCUUUUUUUUUUUUUUUUAAGUUGGGGUUUUCUUUUCCCCUUUGAGGAACUGAUGGAAACUCAGGGAUUUCAUCAGCUUGCUUUCACUGACCUUUUGCCUUCCUUAAAUCCUAUUUGCCAGCUCAGCUGCCGGUUGGAUUUGUGUGCAAGCAUGCUGCGGUCUCGCUGCUUCAAGUAAAUCUGAGCCCCUCGGGUGGGAUCCCAGCUCGGGGAUGCGUGCUGGCCCUUAGCACCCUCCCCAUAAAUAUGCUGAGGCGGGUGAGAACGCUUAUCUCCAGGUCAGAGCAUGAAAGAGGACUUAGGUUUCAUUUUAUGUUUAACAAAAGCAAACUUUUAAGGAUGUGGGAAGCUGCCAGGCGAGUUCCCUGUGCUGGAAAGGUGUCCCUGGCACACCUCCGCUUCUGGCCACUGUAAGCAGCAUCCGUCCUGUUCGGAGCGAGUGUGCCACCACUUAAAGUACCAGAAUGAUUUUAUUUUCUGAAGUCUGGGGCUUGCGCAGGAUGAUCCCAUUCACGUCUUACCUCUUAAAAAUGAGAUUGAGAUGAUCUCUGCUUAACUUUAUAUUUUUCUGUAUAGUAUUUUGUUCUUAUAUUUUUAUAUACUGUAAAAAUAAAAUGUUUAUAGUUACCAAAUACAA